AUGCUCAUAAUCUCGGUGGCCCUUCUAACUGUGUUUGCGGGCACAGCCCUCGGUCAGUACCCUCCGGGUUUCACCACCCAAGUCGGCCCACCCUCCUUCUUGGGAUGCUACGCGGCCGCCACGCCCCAGUCGACGGUCCAGCCCGGGACAUUUACCUUCCUUGGCUGCUCGUCGCAAUGCAAGACCCAGAGCAACCGAUACUUCUUUUGGAACCCCGACACCCAGGGAUGUGCUUGUGCUCUCACGGCCUGGUCGAGCCCAAGUUCCUUGCUCACGGGCUCGGUCACGGCGGGGUGCACCGCCACCAACCAGUCUCCUCCUGGUUGUCAGUCGUGCCCGUUCAACACAUGGCAAUACUGGGACAGCGAGACCUCCUUCGUGACGGGCGUCACGACGUGCUACAACCAGCCGAACAUCAACAUCGCCUUGGGUUCGUACAACGUCAUCAGCAACCCAGGCCAGUGCUAUGUGCAAUGUGCCACCUCAACGUACGCCUACGUUUACGCAAACAUCGUCUUCAACCAGUGGAACUGUUUUUGUUCCGACACCAACUUGAUUAACAACGGCGCCCCCGGUGUCGGAUGUCAGCAGGGCAGCGUGUUUGUGAGUCUUCACAGUUUGACAACGUUGACCUUCUCCAAGGUGUUUGCGCACUCGCUCCAAUCAAGAGCGUCUGGGUUGUCUAGGAGGAGGCGCGCCACCCUCUCGCCUAAUGCCUACUGCCCCGGCGCCCUGUCCGCCUGCAAAGUCUCAGGAUCGGAGGGCUAUGAGGUGAGCAUUAUGUAUCAGCACAACUAA